AUAUACAUGUAGCAUUUUUACAACUUGUCACAGCUUGUUUUGCUUGAGCUUAGAACAAUACGAAUAGUAUCUAUAGCAGCCCCUACUGUAUUAAUUUAAUAUUCAUUGUCGUGUGGGUGACAAUGUACCAGGUCAUAUGAUGUUCUGGUAUGGUCUUUAAAUAAUAGAACCUUCGAUUCUAAGCGCAUCAUUAGAUUAGCACCCUAGCUAGCUAGCUAGCUAGCUUGUAGCCACUGGUUUCUUAGACUUGCUUAGUGGUUUGAAUCAUGUCUGGAGACUAUGGAACAGUUAGUAUGGACAGUGUUAGUGUAACAGAUUCCUUCUCUGUGGUUCUCAAGCCUGUUGUCAAGGCCAAGGGAGACAGUAGUAGUGGUAGCAGUGACCCCGAGGUAGAAAAGCGUAGGCCUCAGCGUGUAGUAUUCGUGGAUGAACACACUGCGUUAACCCAACGACAGAGAGAUGUGAGCCAGGCCAAGGGAGACAGUAAUGGUAUCAGUGAUCAACAGCAUAGGCCUCGUCGUGUAGUGUUUGUGGAUGAACACACUGUGUUAACCCAGCGACAACAGAGAGAUAUUGACCCUACUCAGGGCCCGCUUCCAAUGGCUACCAAUAGAGAGGGACUUCCGCUGCUUAAUAAAAUUAGCCUGUCCAAUUCUACUCGGAGCACGCUCCCAAGGUCUAGCGAUGGAGAGGAUGAUCUGUUCGAUAAGACUGGUCCGGCCACUUCUAACCCCAUGGAUCGUCCCUACUCCCCUGCUCCUAAUAGUCACAGUAGCAGUAUCACCGAGUCCGCCCAGUACCAGCAGAUCCGAGGCACUAAGCUGCCCAGUAAGGACUAUGACAGUUUGGACUAUGAUGUCUGCUAUAACGUUCCCUACAAGAACAUGAUUAGGAAGUUUACAGGAAGGACGUACAUACACAUGGAGUUGAUGCGAUGGACACUGGUGGGGAUCAUAGGACUGUGCACUGGAAUAGUGGCAGCUUUCAUUGACAUCUGCGUCAAGGAACUCUUCCAAGCAAAGUUCUCUGUCUUUGAAACAGUGUUCUCGGCAACCAUUAAGGAUGGCACUGUGGUUUAUACUUUCCUAGUGCUGGUGGGAUUCAAUCUAAUCUUUGCUUUAAUAGCCGGAAUACUCAUUGCUCUAGAGCCGGUAGCAGCUGGCAGUGGGAUCCCUGAGAUCAAGUGUUACUUGAAUGGAGUUAAAGUCCCUCAUGUGACUAGAGUGGGCACACUCAUCGCCAAGGCUGUGGGAGUCCUCUUCUCUGUGGCAGGGGGUUUCUUUGUUGGCAAGGAGGGGCCCAUGAUCCACAGUGGAGCCAUCAUUGGGGCAGGCAUUCCUCAGUUUAGGAGUCUCUUCUACAAGAAGUUCAAGCUCCCCUACCCAUUCUUUAGAUCUGACAGAGACAAGCGUGACUUUGUGUCGAGCGGAGCAGCUGCUGGAGUGGCGGCUGCAUUUGGAGCUCCCAUCGGAGGUGUACUGUUCAGUUUAGAAGAGGGCUCUUCAUUCUGGAACCAAUCUCUCACUUGGAAAACGUUGUUCUGCUGCUUCAGUGCGACCUUUAUCCUCAAUAUAAUCCUGACGGUGUACACUGGUGGGGAGGUUGGAUUCCUCAACCUUGGUGCUCCUGGCCUCGUCGACUUUGGAGUCUUCAGCAAAGACAAGCACUUGUGGAAUGCGUACCAUCUGAUAAUCUUCAUAGCAAUGGGAGCUGUGGGGGGUCUCCUCGGUGCUCUGUUUAACGAGCUCAAUAUCAACCUCACCAUCUACAGAAUGAAGUACCUCAACAAGAGAGGUCAGAGCAAGCUAUGGAAGAUUAUGGAGGUCAUGCUCAUUGGCUUGGUAACCACGGCGGGUGUGUUCACCUGCUCCAUGUUGCUUGGUACGUGUCUCCACGAGACCAAUCAAUCGACGAGUUCGUCCACCACCAGUAUUGAUAACAUCAUCCUCCAAGGCGACCAAUCGUUUGUGAACGAGACUCGCAACUUCUUCUGUCCCGGCUACAGUAACUUCAAGGAGAACAGAGCAUACUACAAUGAUAUGGCCACUCUCAUGUUCAACUCUCAGGAGAUGGCCAUCAAGCAGCUCUUCCAUCAGAGUGGAGCUUUCACUCUUCCCACACUCGGCAUAUUCUUCAUGUUACUGUUCUUUGUGGCGUGUUGGACGUACGGUGCUGGCAUACCCAGUGGACUCUUCAUUCCUUGUCUAGUCAUCGGCGCUGCUUACGGAAGAUUUGUAGCCACUGUAUUUGGGUACCUGCACAAUGCUGCCCCUAGUGUGUUUUAUGUGCUCACCAACAUCUCCUCUGGGACCUACGCUCUCAUCGGAGCAGCUGCCUUCCUAGGAGGGGUGGUUCGUAUGACCAUCAGCCUCACUGUUAUCCUCAUUGAGUCAACUAACGAGAUAUCCUUUGGUCUACCUAUCAUGUUGACUCUCCUGGUUGCUAAGUGGGUUGGAGACUUGUUCAACGAGGGCAUAUACGACAAGCACAUCGAGUUGAAGGGCACGCCCCUCCUGGGCUGGGAGUCACCGCAGAGGAUGGAGAGACUAUCCGCUGAAGAUGUCAUGAAUUCAAACCGCCUCUACUAUCUGUUCCCGAUCACACGAGUGCGUUCGAUUGUACAUAUGCUUCGUACCACAGCUCACAGUGGGUUCUUGGUGGUGUCCCAUGCCAAGGUCGGGAAGCCGCUGCAACAACAGCGUAUCUUGCCAAGGGAACACAGGCCACAGCUGUACACACGACCUUCUGUUCUGGGGUACUAUGACACGGACAUAGACACUGAUCUAGAUAGUAGGAGGAGUCCAGUAUUUAGCUCAGCAGAGUCAACCAGAGUUGAUUCAGAUUUCUCUGGAACAUUCACACUGCCACAGUAUAAUGAUCCUAUCGCUGAGGCUAAGCCACUUCUCCUGAGGGGAAUCAUCACGCGCUCACAACUAGUUGUGCUACUCAAGAACAAGAUCUUCUACAACGAGAGCGAUGGGCCGAAGUCUCAGCCAGAAAUAGACCACACCACUAUGAUUAAGGAGUAUCCACGCUAUCCUAGUAUCUUCAAUGUGGAUGUCUCAGAAACAGAACAACAAAUGUUGAUGGACAUCUCCCUGUACAUGAACCCCUGCCCGUACACUAUCUCAAGAGAGACUCCGUUACCUCAAGUGUUUAACCUGUUCAGAACCAUGGGUCUCCGUCACCUGCCUGUAGUCGAGGAGUCCGGACUGCUUGCUGGUAUCAUCACACGACAUGAUCUGACUCACGAGAGCCUUCACGCAAAGAGACAUGAGAAGAAGCAUCGAGAGAAGGCCACAAACGAACAGCCGCAGAGACAACUGCAUAUCAACGAGUACCAGUCGCUACCAGCUUGAACAUGCAUACUCUGUGUUUGACUCCUCUUAUUUAUUUGUAUGAUAAUUAUAAGUAUUGUUUUAACUUUGUGUGAUUUGUGUGCUUUUUGUUGUGUGUGUUUAUAUACGUACAUGAUGCUACCAGAGAUACAAAAGAAAGGGGAUUGGAAACGAAAUUUUUACGAAAUUUUUGUGUGAAGCAUUCCGUGUUAUAGGGCGUGGCUAAAACUACAAAGGAUUAUAUUUAUAGUCAGCAUGCUCAUUACCAGUCUUGACUGCUCUACAAUGUGCUGUACAUAGAAACAGUGAAAUUGAUCAUUUUUAAUGUUGAUUUUUCUAAAAAGUAAAGAGAAUUUAGCUCUAAAAAGUCGACUAAGCCAUGCAGCCACUAUUACUAGACAAAUAAAUGCUAUGCAAGAAGAAAUAGCCUUUACUAUGAAGUCGUAGGAGGGACAGGCCCGUGGCGUGUCUAAAAGUAUACUAAAGCAGUUUGAAGGACUAUACUGCAAACGUUUAUGAACAGUACAGCUUAUUUAUAGCAUGAAGCCAUUCUAUGUAGCACUUAGAUACAUAAUAACUAAGUCAAGCAAUGUCCUUUGCUGUUUUGACUUCACAGGAGGGACAGAGAAAAGUUGACAUAGAGUAAUUCAAGCUAAACUCAAAAAAAUUGGAAACAGAGUAAAGACAACGGACUUAGAGCUUGUCAGUGGUAUAAGCUUACUUCUCUCAAGUAUCUCCCAGGCCCUGAGUGAUCUCUAGUGGAUAGGAGAGCUAGAAACCAGGGAUACAAAACUUUUCCAUGUAAUUAUUUGCGAGCGCAAUAAUUACACAGAGUGCUUCACCGGAUGUCAGUCUUUUACAUAGGGCGUGGGCGGUCGUUUCCAAUCCCCUUUCUUUUGUAUCUCUGAUGCAUGCUACAUACAUGAUGCUAAUUACAUUUUAUAA